GUAUCACAACGGCAGGUCAGACUCCUCCGUCUGCUGCAAUGGAAUUUGGUCACUUUCUCGUGUUCUUCAUGACAGCUUUGAUCUCCAGCACAGUAUCCGCAUCUGAAGACCAUGUGUUCGUACAGACCGGGGGCUCGGUUAAACUAGUCAUAAAAAAUAAAAUACCACCACACUUUACUAGAUUCACAUGGAUUAAUGAUAAAUCUGAAAAUGUAGUCAGAAAUCAAUCAGGAGAAUUCAAACCUCACAGUUCAUAUAAGGACAGAAUGGAUUUCAAUGCUAAAACCUACUCUCUAACACUGAGAAACAUGCAGAAGACAGACAGUGGACUCUACAGAGCAAUCACAAGAGACAAACAAGAACUGUGUCAUGCUGAAUACAACAUAUCAGUUAUAGAUCCAGUGGAUUCUCCUGUUCUGAAAGGAAACUUCACCAUGAUAAGUGUUAACGUCUGUGUGGUGAACGUCUCAUGCAGUGGACCUGAUCAAACAAUCAGCCACAGUUACCACAGCAACGACUGCACUCAAGAGGAAGUGACAUCAUCUGGAGUCCAGACUCUAGCCCUGUAUUGUAGAAAGAACAGAGUUGUCUGUAACUACAGCAAUCCAGUCAGCUGGAAGAAUCAAACUAUAGAGAUUAACCAACUUUGUACACCUUAUGAAAAAGAACAUCCAGAAGAAAACAACAGCUCUUUUCCUCUCUUCCUUUGGCUCUCGGUCAUCGCUGGUGUAUUUGUGCUGGUUUUCACAGCAGUUUCUGUAUUCUGCUGCUCUUACAAGAAGCGUAAAAGGGUAUAUCUAUCAUAAUGAAAUAGAAAUGUAACCUCAGUAUUUUUUUUGUUUUUUCUGCAAGUCACUUUCUAAAUCUUUUCUAUGAAAUCUCUAGGUGCUGAACAGAAGGGUCAUAAAGGCUGUGGAGAAGUUGGUCUAAUAGAUAGAUCUUCUUCCUCUGAAACAGAUCAUACAAUUUAUUCAAUAGUGUAUUAUUCAACAGUGAUGGAAGACAACCUGUGCAUAAACAGCAAAUGAUAAAUUUAUGAAAAAAUGUGCGUUUGUCAAUAGAUAUCUUUACAUAUAUAUUAACAUAUUAUGCCAAUGAAGUAUUAAGCAAGCUAAUUUAAGACAUUCAUUAGUAAUGAGUGAUAAUAUGUGUGAUAAUUGUUUUGCUUUUUAUUACCAUUAAACUGUUUGUUCAUUUAAUUAACUGUAUUCCCUGACUUUCAUUGUAUUUUGUGUUAGUCAAAGUCAAAGGGGAGCAGUUUUUUUAAUAUUGGUGCUGGUGUUCAGCAGUAAAGUGACACAUACUGCAGAGAAGGAAUAUAAGGUGCUUUUACUGGAGUUUGAACUGACUCCAUGCCUCUCAUGUAUCUAUCCCAGACCAAGCUGAGCUAAAAAUCUUUCAU